CCAACUGUCACUAAACUGUCAUCUCGCAAUUUGCUCUUGCCUGUCGCCGCGAUGAAUCGGAUUUCCUAAAAAUUGGGAAAUUAGAUGAUUUUUUCGGAAAUGAAAAUCUUGAUGCUCCACUUGGGAAUUCAAAGAUGGCACGGGAGCUUCACGCGUGCCUCGUUCGCUACUUUUUACGUCUAGAAAGGCUGGAUGACAAAUGGAGGGAAUUAUCGAAGAAAGCCGAGAGACCUCUUGAAGGUCUAGUUAAUCGAACGGAGCAAUUACAUCAUGUCACGAAUGAAGAAAUGGAAGAAUCAGAAGAUAGUGUGGAUCAAGAAACACGGGAAAGACUGAUAUUUAAAAUCCUUAUGGGUCUCGAGGAAGAAAUUGCACUUCUCUCGGAUAUCUUGAUGCAAUUUAAUGAUGCCAAUCAGGAUUUGAAGAAUUAUUUGGUUAAUUUAGAAAACGCUAGAAGCAAGAUAUCUUUAAAGGACGAAAUAAUGCAGGAAUUAAUUAAAGGAACACCUUAUCGACCAACGCUUGAACUGCUCCUGCAGUGGGCCGUAGAGGGUUACCAGUUCUUUCAUGACAUGUAUCUUCGUAUCAGCAAUUGCAUGAAAUCAAUUGAUUACAAGACAGAGGAGAGUGUCUACAAUCUGAUUUCUUCUUUCAAGGAAGAGGAUCGUGGAAGGAAGAAUAUAAACAAAAUUCACAUGAUUCGUUCAGGCGUAAAUGCGCUCAAUUUCUGAUUGGUCGAAAUCUUAGAUUACCGUGACUUCCGCCAUUAUGCGCAAUGUGUGGGUCACAUUUAUAAUUUCACCUUAUUCACACAUACCGUCCCCUCCAUUCUAGACCAUAUUGACUCGUACAUGUAAAUAAUAUUAAAGAUAAUUAUAAUGAAUUAUAAAUUCACUC